AUGAGACCCUGGAGUAUUUUGGUAUGCAGCCCUGAUCUGGCAUUCAGAACCCCGUCUCAUCGACUAGGUGCGACGACCUUCCGCCUUCGAGUAGCAGGCCUGACCAUCUUCCACGACACAUGGCUAAACCGACCCUCAUUGUUGCCUCAAGCCCUCAACAUCAACGAUAUAACGGACGUAGAUUACAUCCUGAUCUCCCACGCACAUUUCGAUCACCUGCCUGGCGCCGAUGUGAUCGCUAAACGCACCGACGCAAUCGUCAUCGCCAAUGGUGAAGCCAUCAACCGUCUCCGCGACGCAGGGGUGCCAGAAACCCAGCUCCUUCCCGUCGCUGGCGGGGAGCGCGUUCCUCUUUUUACGCGGGAGAUGCGCCUUGCUGCUGCAGCAGCUAGCCCUACCAUUCCCCUCCACCAAGGGAACCCUCCAACUGCCCCCGCUGAGCCACACCAUACGCUGGCGGUAGCAGAGGUGCAUAUAUGGCCGAGCCUGCACUGCCUCCUCCCAGGUAGCCACAAGACGCUUCCUGAUGUUUUUGACACAGGUGUUCCGUAUGAUGGAGAGGCGACACCCUUUGAUGGCACGCUAGAUGUCACUCGGGGAAUGAAGUACGGACUAUUUAGGCUGAGGGAGCUUGUUUCGGUUGAGGCUAUUGCGGGGGAUGAGAAGCUGCGGUGUUUUCUGGAGUGGUUGGAGGAUAGAGGUGAAGGGAGGAAUGUCAUGUCAGCUUGUGAUGGGGGGCAACUUAUGUUUCAUGUUUUGCGGAGAGGAGGCGCAAGUGCUGCUGGUGCUGGAAUAUGGAAAGGAGGAAUUCUGUUCAAUGCGCACCUAGGUGCGUACGAGGGGAUCAUGAAGACGAUACGACCACGGCCGAAUCUUGUGGUGCAGGGUAUUGCCGGCAGAGCGAAUCUGAACGGCAGACCGUUCAACGGGUCCGCUGCCGACUUUGCAACGGAGCUCCUGAGGUGGGUGGGGGAGCCCGAGAGGGUAAUUUGGUGUUUGCAUGAUGAGUGGUAG